AUGUCUGGUAGAGGACAUUCUCCUUUUGUUAAACAUAACCAGGCCAAAUCCAUGAGUGACCUAAGCAUAAAGCGCUGCCCCUACAACCUUUCCUCUCUCUAUAAAUACAUCUGAUUAUAUCUCUCUCUCUCCACAGCACAAAUUCAAACAAUUCCACUAUUUCCAUCUUCUUCAUCAGUACUUCUUUUUCUCCCAUAAAAAAUGAAAACUGUAAUUAAGACUUCAGAAUCAAAAAUGACAGCAGCAGAAGCAACAAUAACUGCAAAAACAACAUUUACUCCGCCGGCAUCAGCCACCAUCCAGCGCUCCCCGUGGCACUCUCCAGUGCCGUACCUCUUCGGCGGCCUGGCGGCGAUGCUGGGACUUAUAGCUUUUGCUCUCUUGAUCUUGGCCUGUUCAUACUGGAAACUCUCUGACCAAACGAAUGGCGCGGGAGAGGGUGAAAGAGACGUCGAGGCCGGUGAUGAUGAUCAUAAAGGCGAAAACGCCAAGACGGAGAUGGCCGCGCUGCCUUUUGAAGAGAAGAUUGUUGUGAUUAUGGCUGGUGAUGUUAAGCCAACUUUCUUGGCCACUCCCAUGUCGAGUAGGGAUUCUUUAUUUGGAGUUGGAAAUGGAAAAAAAGAGAAGGAAAUUAGAAAUGAAGAAUUUGCUGAAAAACCAAAACAAGAAGAUGAAGAAACCCUACAAUCCCAAGUGAGCCAAGAACAAGUCCAUUAGGGUUUUCUUAUUUUAUUUUAUUUUUUCCUUUUUAUCAUUUUGAUUUGCAAUUUUGUGAUCCGGACAAAAUGUUAAUUCUAUGACGAGAUUAAAUAUAUACAAUAUUGGAAAUGUUUAUUUUUGGAUAA